GCCGACAUUUGGAACUAUAUUACUAUGUAUAUUGACGGUGGCAGGAAUCAUCUCACACGUUUGUUAUUCACUAUAUAAGAAAUACGCCACGAUCUUGAGUUUAGCAAUAGAUCUUGAAAAACUUAACAAUUUCCUAGUAAAUAUCUAUGUGAAACCUUAUUUUUUGCACAUGAGUUCUUAUUGUUCGGGCUUAUUAGUAGGAAACUAUUUGCUUAGAAAGAAACAACUGCAAUUCAGAAAGGAGAUAUUUAUUUCAUGUUGGAUUUCGAUGAUUUUUCUGUUGGGAUUGCUGUUUUUCGGUUUGCAUAGUUGCAAAAACGACUUUCCUCCAAAUGAAUCGUUAAUUAUGGCACAUCAGAUUCUUUCUCCGAUUGCAUGGACAGCUUUAACAGCUUGGAUAUGUGUAGCAUGCAUUUCAGGAUAUGGAGGUGUCUUGAACAAAUUCCUCUCUUUCAACUUCUUUGUCGUAAUGGAUCGACUGGUAUUCUGGAUUUAUCUUCUGCAUCCUGUAGUUUUUCUUUAUGUCUUUGGGAAAAUUAGAAGCCCAUACUCAGUUACAGUAAUAAAUUUGUGGAUGCUAUUCCUGUUGGUGAUGUUUUUUUCCACUAUUGGAGCAGUAUUCUGUUACAUGUUUUUCGAAAUUCCAGUUUCAUAUUUUCUGCAGGAAUAUGUUUUCAAGAAAAGUUAUAAGAAAAAGUACGUAUAAUAAAAAUAAAUGAAAUGAAACACAACAUAAAGAAAAUUAACCGAAUUUUGAUAUCAAUAAUGUAUAAAUAUCCGGAAGUGAGAGAAAAGAGGGGAAAAGUAUGAGACCUCUACUCUUUCUACAUCUAAGAAAUAAGGGAAUAUAACACAAUAUAUACAAAAUAAACAUAUAACAUGUAUAGCAAUUUUGUAUUAUGCUCGCAGCAUGAAAAUUAAUAUCGAUGUUUUUCCGUGUCGGAUAUCUGGGGAACUGUUGUAAUUUCUAAUCUCUUCCUUGUCCUGUCAACGUUAACUGAUCUUUCGAAAUAAUCCGAAUCUAUUAGGUGGUUAUCUUAUUAUCUGGAAUAUUUGGGUAUAAUCUAAAAAAAUGUAUACAAUUCUUAAUAAAAAUAUAAACAUAUUUUUUACUUUUGUGAAUUUUUUAUAUUGCAUUGGUGGUUACAAAA